AUGACUUGUGUUUAUUUUUUCUCUUUAAUACCGUUAUUACCCUCCAAAUUUCCCAAUUCCUACACCUCCAACCUACGCCCCACACCGAUCGUUUCUCGUUCAUCGCAAUACCGCCGGAGAACGCAUCGGAAAAUGCCGGGAACUGAAUUGUCCGGCACCGUUCCGAGGUCGGCAUCAGCUUUCCGACUCAACAUCGAUGAAAACGACUCAUUAUUAGGUUCUCGUACCGGUGCAGGAAAAGGCGAUACAUUAACAACUGAGACAGAUGUCGAGGCUUCCUCCACUAGUAAAACUGUUCUUCGGAAGAACAGAUACAGUACAUUGUUUGGGAUUGAUCUAUCUCCAGAUACUGCUGCCGUUGCAAUGGUAUACUUUGUUCAAGGUGUUUUAGGACUUGCAAGGUUGGCUGUCAGCUUUUAUUUAAAGGAUGGUUUGCAUCUGGAUCCUGCAGAGGCAGCUGUGAUUUCUGGUAUUUCUGCAUUUCCAUGGCUUGUCAAACCUCUGUAUGGUUUUAUUAGCGAUUCUAUCCCCCUUUUUGGUUACCGGAGAAGGUCAUACCUAGUUUUAUCAGGGCUACUUGGUGCACUCUCAUGGAGUCUGAUGGCUACUUCUGUUGACAACAAAUAUAGUGCUGCUAUUUGCAUACUUCUCGGAUCUCUUUCUGUUGCUUUCUCAGAUGUUGUUGUAGAUUCAAUGGUUGUGGAAAGGGCGCGUGGUGAGUCACAAAGCACUUCGGGAUCUCUUCAGUCUUUAUGUUGGGGUUCUUCAGCUUUUGGUGGAAUUGUGAGCUCCUACUUCAGUGGGUCUUUGCUGGAGGCAUACGGAGCAAGGUUUGUUUUUGGUGUCACAGCAUUGCUUCCAUUGUUAACAUCUGCAGUUGCUGUUCUUGUAAAAGAACAACCAACGCUUGGUACAGCAAGAGGGCAGGCUUUUUCAUUUGCCCAGCCCGAGUUUUUGGAAAGUUCAAAACAGAGCAUUAUUCAGCUGUGGGUUUCUGUACGACAACCCAGUAUUUUUCUUCCCACGUUAUUUAUUUUCUUGUGGCAAGCAACCCCGCAGUCCGACUCUGCUAUGUUCUACUUUAACACAAAUUCUCUUGGUUUUACCCCCGAGUUUUUAGGUCGUGUCAAGCUCGUUACCUCGAUUGCAUCUCUGCUUGGUGUUGGACUUUAUAAUGGAUUUCUGAAGAAUGUUCCUCUGCGUAAAAUAUUUCUCUGGACUACUAUUUUUGGUUCCGCUCUUGGAAUGACUCAGGUUUUCCUUGUUACUGGACUAAAUCGGAAGUUUGGAAUAAGCGAUGAGUGGUUCGCAAUUGGUGAUUCAUUAAUUCUCACGGUUUUGAGUCAGGCUUCUUUCAUGCCUGUUCUUGUGUUAGCAGCAAGAUUAUGUCCGGAGGGGAUGGAAGCAACUCUUUUCGCAACUCUCAUGUCUGUAUCUAAUGGAGGGAGUGUUCUUGGGGGACUGAUAGGUGCAGGCCUGACUCAAGUAUUUGGAAUUACUAAGGACAAAUUUGAUAACUUGGCAGCUUUGAUAAUCCUCUGCAAUCUUAGCUCGUUAUUGCCUCUGCCACUUCUUGGUCUUCUUCCCGGCGACAACCCUGAUGAUAACCUGAAGGACGACGAUUCUGAAAUUGAAAUGAAGUGUAAUUGA